CUCAGAAUAAAUAGUGUCAUAAUUUGUUAAGGUGGCUGAGUUUUAUGCCUUUUGAACUUUUGAACAUUUUUCAUCUGUAAAAUGUCCAAGUGCUAUACAGGCUUUCUUAACUUGGACCAAAUGGUACAGCGCCGUGUCCAGCUUCGUAUUGAAGCACAGGACAAGUAUUUGCAAACAAUUCUUGAGAAAGCAUGUAAAGCUCUUAACUACACGGCCGUGGAAUCUACUGAUCUGGACGCCGCCAGCGAACAGCUUUCUGAAUUGGCAAUCAAAGGUGCCAGCAACUGUGAUGGGAUUGUCACAGUUUCUUCAUUACCUGAAAUAGUUACAGGUUUUGAGAACAAAAAUGCUUCCGAUAUGCCUGCUAGAAUUGGUGACUGCUUGCCAUCAAAUAGAAGCCUGGUUUCUCCCACGCGCAUCGGUGCUCAAAAGAAGAGACCACGAGCUUUUGCUAAUGGAGAUGCCUUGCCAGUGGAAAACAAUAUGGCGCAGGUGCAAUGGAUGAUGACUAAUUCUUGAGUAAAGUCGAUUAUAUGAAUCUUUACUAUCCAUGUCGAUCUAUUUAAGCUCAUUGCAGUUCAGUAUUAUAUAAAAUGUUCUUCUCCCCCUAUCUGUUUUAUCCAGAAAGAUGAGACAUGUUGAAUUUCACAUGCAACUUGUACAUUCUUUAUGUUUACUUGUUUGUAUAUUCUAAGUUAAUCAUUUCAAGUACCUUUUA